AUGAAGCCACUCCGCGCGCUUCUGACGGCCCUCAUUGUGGCCGGCGUGAUGGCCAUCAGCAUGUCCAUUCGCUGGGAGAGCAUGUCGUCUGACAGUAGCCUCGCCAUGGAAGAGAAGCCGCUGCUCCCGGAGGAUCACCCUGUCGAACGUUCAAUGCAUCGCUCCACGACUGAGACCGUGCAACGGCUGACACUAUUGCCAAGGAGCCAAUCAUUCGAGCACGCUUCUGGGGUGUCAACACGAACCGAUGGAGGUGACGAUGGGAUGAUCUCAACCACUGCGGCUGUUGAAACGGCGAACCCUUCCUAUCCCACCCCGAGUCCAACCGGCACUCGACCUUCAGCGACUCCAAACACCAACCCGGAGCUGUCGCUAGGCACCUUCGUUUGGCGAAAUGCACGCGACCGACCCGAUCCUGCAGCGUUUGCGUUGGAAGCCGAGUUCUCCAAUCGAGUGGGCUGGUGCGUGUUUCAAGAUGUGACAAGUGAACAACGCCUACGUUACGAUCACUCUGAGUAUGUGCUGAGCACUGCCUCACACGUCCACAUGCUACCAAUGGCGGAGAUUGCUUCCGAUUCCAACGCGAAUUCCGAUUCCCCCGCGUCUUGCGAGAGUCCUGCCGCACCGCUGCAAACUGCCACUGCUGGAAUGCUGGCAGUUGUCUGUGACAAGCCAUGCGACGACCGAAACACUUGCGUGUGGUCUACACUGCGAUGGGUGGCCGAUGGGUGCUCGCCCAUGAUGCCGAAAGUCGCGCCUCGUCCGAGCUACACUCGCUCCUUGUCAGCCCUCCAGACGUGCAUACAACUGCGCAAAUCAAUCCUGUUCCUGGGAGAUUCGACCUUGCGUGGCUUGUACUUGCGACUGCUCGAUUUAGUCGGCGCAGAGUUGCCGCCUCCUGCCUUUCAUGCCAGUCACGCCGCGCGCAAUGAAGAUGUCUUGCUGUUCUACUCGUUCUGGCCGCAUCUUGAGUGGUCGCAAAACCUUCCAGUUCCUCCAUCCGACGAAUCGUUUGAGGUUCACCUGCUCGAAACACUUGCCUUGUUCGAAUCCACUCGCCAGCAACACAGCCCGACUUUGCGCGAUUCUAUCGAGGGCAACAGUCCUCUGACGAUCGUGCUGUUUGGGCAAUGGUGCAAAUCAGCCCUCAUCGAGCGCGCCCAGGAAAUCCUUGUCGCGCGGUACUCCAAAGAUGGAUUGCAUCUGCCGACGUCGGUGCAAGUGAUUGUCAAGUCCCACAGUCCAGGCUUUGACCAUGAUUGGAUGGUCGAAUCUCUUGCACAGCACGACACACUUCGUGCACACGUGCAGCGGCAUCGCGGAUGGAAGUGGCUUGAUACGCUCACGACAUCCUUGCCGGUCUGGUUUCGUUUCAAGCACGAUCGCUGCCGCUGUCACUCGUACAGUCAAGUCAACACGGCCAGCGUUGCAAGCCGCGUCAUCGGCGAAGUGAAUGACGUGUGGUUUGAGCUGUUGAUGCAGCUCGUUUGCGAGGACGAAGCGAAGCGAUGA